ACCUUCCUCCUCUGACCAGUCUUCUUCUCUAUACUCUGAAUCGAACUUUUAUCAUUUGCUAGGGUUCGAAUCAGAUUAUCUGCAACAACAACAAAAAAAAUGGCGUUGGCUGGUCGUAUCAGAUCCGGGAUCUCCUUCUUCAAGACCAUCUCCGUCUCUGAUUCCGUCUCCUCCGCUAGAUCUCACUCCCGUGGAGCGCCGCUUAUCCCCGCGUUGAGAGAUUAUGCAACAGCUUCGGCUCAGAAGACCGGCAAUGUUAAGGUGCCUUUGGCGUUAGUUGGUGAAUCUGGCAACUUUGCUUCGUGGCUGUACAUUGCAGCUGUCAAAAUGAACUCUUUGGAGAAGAUUGAGUCUGAUCUCUCUGAGCUGGUUGAGGCUAUGAAGACAAGCCCUACUUUUUCGCAGUUUACUAAAGAUCCCUCUGUUCCUAGAGAGACAAGACUCGCUGCUAUUGUGGAUGUUUGUGAUCAAGCAAAGUUUGCGGAACCCACCAAGAACUUCCUCUCUUUGUUAGCUGAGAAUGGGAAGCUGAAGAAUUUAGACGUGAUUGUGAAAAAGUUCAUGCAGCUGACAACAGCACAUAGAGGAGACGUCAAGGUUUUGGUUACCACAGUCAUGCCGCUUCCCCCUGCUGAGGAGAAGGAGUUGAAGGACACACUCCAGGAGAUAAUUGGAGAAGGGAAGAAAGUAACUGUGGAACAAAAGAUUGAUCCGAGUAUCUAUGGAGGGCUAAUAGUAGAGUUUCAACAAAAGGUGUUGGACAUGUCUAUCAGGACAAGGGCACAGCAGAUGGAGAGGCUCCUCCGUGAACCUGUUGACCUCAGCAACCUUUGAAGAUUUUCCCUAAAGAAAACGUGCUUGUGAUGAUGCUACCACCAGUUGACAAAUAAAAUAUGACACUCUCCUGAGGAACAACAUACAGACACUUGUGUCAUGUUUUAAAUUUUAUCAUUUCAUUUUACAGUUGUUGUUUUCCUUCGAAAUAAGCUUUUUUGAAGACGUAAAAUUUCAAUGAUAUUUGGGUUUAUA